UACGUAUUGUUUUUACUAUUAGAAAUAUGUUUCAUCCAUUUUACGACGAUUUGAGCAAAAUGGGGUUGCAAGAUAAAAAGUUAUACAACAAAACUAAUUUAUAAUGGCCAAUGGUAAUGUCUCAUUAAAUAAGAUAAAUUCUAAAAUUACCAAAAUUUGGAAAUUUGGCAACCACAUACUAAUAUUAUGGGUUUAGUAGUUUGGUACAAAAUGAAACACUUGCUGAAAAAAUAACAUUGCAUCGCAAGGCUCGCCUACUUGCGUCCCUUACAGAAGUGUAACAAUUGGGAACGAAAAAAGUGCUGAACAGUUACUAGAGUUCAGUAAUUGAAUUUUUAGAAAUUACUGAUGUACAGUAAUUUUCUAGUAAUUACUUUGCUUAUAUUUCUAUAAGGGACGUAAUGCAACGCAAAAAUUUUCCUCUUUAUAUUAGACACGUACGUUACGUGCCUACUAGCGUUCGCACUUAUCUCUCUUGAGAGAAGCUGAAACUACUUGACAACAAAUAAAAUAUUACAUCCCACAAUGCAGCGGUUUUUUUAAAUAAUAAAUUAUUUUACAAAUUUAAAUAUAUUUUGUUUAUGUGCAAGGUAAUUAUUGAGAUAAUUCUGAAAAGAUUGCUAAUGUUAAAAAUCGUAAAACAGACUGUCAUAAAGCGAGUUUCUUACUGAACUAAAACUAAAAAAAUUUUGUACGGAAGGGCGAAAAUUUCAAGUUUCGUCACUGUCUCACGUUACUGGCAAUGAGAGUAUAUAUACAUACUUUAAACAACGCAUCUGGUGAUUCUUUGUAGUUUUACAUUUGCUCUUAUACUGGGCGCUAACUCUCUGUGCUUCGUGGAAUAUACAUAAAAUUUUACCUCAUCCGGGGUAUUUUAUUUUUCGUAAUCAAUUUUCUACAGUGAUUUUUAAUAGGAUGUGUAUUAGCAAAAAAAAUAAAAUUGUUUAUUUAAUGUCGAUUAUUUAGUUGUCAAUUUAAAUAUGUAAAUUUACUAUUCUAACAAACAAUAGGACCGUGUUUUAAAUCCGACAAAAAAUCGGCGCACAGUUUAUUGAGUUUGGAAUAAGUAUAUGAAGGCUUAUACAAUAUAUUACGACUGGACAAUCAGCUCCGACCGGUAAUUGCUAUAAAAACGAGUUACCUCAUGAUAAGGAUUUCAAGUUAUUAUAUUGCUGACAGAAGGUCGCAAAAUCUUCGAAGCAUAUUCCUAGACCUUCUCGUCCCUAAGAAACCUGGUUUAACGAGAGUAAGAAAAAUGGAUCUGAGGGAUGGAGCUGAGAGAAGGAAUAACGUAAAAGUAUUGGAUUUUAUUGGCCUGGUGGAACAAUACGAUUAUCCCGCUGAGGAGCAUAACGUCACAACAGAAGAUGGUUAUAAUUUGAAGUUACACAGGAUACCUGGAAGUCCAUCGUUCGAUAGCAAGAAUAAGAAAGAAAUUGUGUACCUCCAACACGGUCUUUUGGCUUCGUCUGAUAGCUGGGUAAUGUACGGUACUGGUAAAGACCUUGCCUUUUUAUUAGUAGAUCAAGGAUAUGAUGUAUGGAUUGGAAAUAUGAGAGGAAAUACUUACUGCAGAUCGCAUACGAAUAUGACGAUACACGAUCCUAAAUUCUGGCAAUUUAGCUUUCACGAACAUGGAACAAAAGAUCUACCAGCCAUAUUUGAUUACAUUUUCAAUUAUACACAGCAAACAGAUUUAUAUUAUAUUGGUCAUUCAAUGGGAACAACUUCGAUAUUUACUCUUCUGUCAUCAAAAUCAGAAUACAAUAUGAAAAUGAAAAUGGUUAUUUGCCUAGCUCCAGUUGCUUUUUGGCCGAAAGUAACACCUUCAUUGAAUGGACUAGUUAAUUUUCUUUUAGCAUUUAAGAAAAUUUUUAAACAGCAUGAAAUAUACAAUGUCUUCCCACAAUGUUGGUCGACUAUUAUGAUAGGAAGAAUAUUCUGUAAUGACAAAGCAAUAACUCAAAUUAUUUGCGUUACUUUACUAUUCCUAUUCGCCGGUCCUGAUCCAGCACAACUUAACACUGUAAGUUAUAUUUAUAUUAUACAGG